AUGCAUCUGAGCACCGAGGAGAAGGUUGAGCUGGGACUCGGGGAGCAGGGGACGGUCAAUCCCGCUUUUGGGGGCAACGAUGGUGACGAACAGCCGCAGCUGACGGUAAACAUCGGCGAGUCGCACACGGAGGAGUCUCUGGAGGAGACGGGGGACAAAGGUGUUGAUCUGGUCUACUCCCUGAAUGACAGGCCUCCCUGGUACCUCUGCAUCCUGCUCGGCUUUCAGCAUUACAUCCUGGCUUUCGGCGGCAUCAUCGCCGUCCCGCUGAUACUGGCCGAGCCGCUCUGCAUCAAGGACAACAACGUCGCCAAAAGCCAGCUCAUCUCCACCAUAUUCUUUGUGUCUGGGAUGUGCACGCUGCUGCAGACGGCUGUUGGAACCAGGCUGCCGAUCCUUCAGGGAGGGACCUUCAGCUUCAUCACCCCCACCUUGGCCAUCCUCGCCCUGCCCAAGUGGCAGUGCCCGUCCCCCAGCGCGCCCGUCAUGAUGUCCGUGCAGAUGCAGAACGGCAGCGGCACGCUGCAGCCGGAGAACUCUGACGAGGUCUGGAUGUCACGGAUACGUGAGAUCCAGGGAGCCAUCCUGGUGUCGUCUCUGCUCCAGAUCGUCCUCGGCUUCUCCGGCCUGGUGGGCCUGGUGCUCAGAUUCAUUGGUCCCCUGGCUAUCGCUCCAACCAUCAACCUCAUCGGCCUGUCGCUGUUCAUUGAAGCCGGAAAGAAGUCCGGGGGCCACUGGGGAAUUGCUGCUCUCACGGUCUGCCUGAUCCUCCUCUUCUCCCAGUAUCUCAGCAAAGUCGAGGUCCCAAUGAUCGCCUACAAGGACAAGAAGUGGAAGGUCUUCCAGUAUCCGCUCUUCAAGCUCUUCUCUGCUUUGUUCGGGAUGUGCGGAGGCUGGCUGCUCUGCUUCCUGCUGACCAUCUUCGACGUCCUGCCCUCCAAAUCUGACGAGUACGGCUUCUCGGCCAGGACCGACAUCAGCCUGGAUGCCGUGACAAACUCCCCCUGGUUCCACGUGCCGUACCCGGGUCAAUGGGGUCUUCCCACCGUCAGUCUCUCCUCGGUGUUGGGCAUGAUGGCGGGAGUCCUGGCGUCCACCAUGGAGUCCAUCGGGGACUACUACGCCUGUGCCCGGCUGUCCGGUGCCCCUCCGCCCCCCACCCACGCCAUCAACCGAGGGAUCGCCGUGGAGGGCAUUGGCUGCAUCCUGGCCGCGUUGUGGGGCACCGGGAACGGCACCACCUCCUACAGUCAAAACAUCGCCGCACUGGGAAUCACAAAGGUUGGGAGCAGACUGGUCCUCCAGACAACCGGGAUUCUGAUGAUCAUCUUGGGGAUCUUUGGGAAGUUUGGCGCAGUUUUCAUCACCAUCCCAGACCCUGUGAUUGGAGGCAUGUUCCUGGUUAUGUUUGGGAUGAUUGCAGCGGUGGGGAUAUCCAACCUUCAGUACGUUGAUCUGAACUCCUCCAGAAACCUCCUCAUCCUCGGCUUCUCCACCUUCAGCGGACUGGUGCUGCCGACCUGGUUUCACUCCAACCCCGGCAUCAUCGACACGGGCGUUAAAGAGCUGGACCAGGUGAUCGUGGUGCUCUUCACCACUCACAUGUUCAUCGGGGGCUUUUUUGGGUUUAUCCUCGAUAACACCAUUCCAGGCACUGACAAAGAGCGAGGCAUCAAGAGCUGGCAGGACAAGGUGCAGGUGGAGAGCAAAAACAUGUGUGACCAGUCCUGCUACGAUAUUCCCUUCUGCAGCGGUGUUUUGAAACGAUUUAGAUGUUUCCAGUUCCUCCCCUUCCUCCCAUCUUAUACGGCCACCCAGGAAGAGACGCCCAAGUAA